AUGGACGCUCGCUACUUUCCUGGGAAGUCGAAGCGUAGAGCUGUUGAUGUUACAUAUUCUCAUCAUUUGCGUGUCAGCAUUUUUUAUGUUGUUAUAGAUUUGCAUUUUCAAGAGCUUAACCGUCGCUUUGAUGUUGUGAGUACUGACUUACUCCUCGGUAUGGCUAGCUUAAAUCUAGUUAAUUUAUUUGGUAAUUUUGAUAAGAACAGGAUAAUGAGGUUGGUUGAAUAUUAUCCGAAUGAGUUUGAUAGCAUCAAGCUUCGAGAUCUCAGUUGUCAGCUUGAUAGUUUUAUAGUUUAUGCCCGUGGUGUUGACAAGAGGUUCUUUGGCAUGAAGGGAAUUAGUGAUCUUGCUAAAGUGUUGGUUAAGUCAGAUCUGCAUCAAACUUGGCCACUUGUUUAUUUGCUUAUCAAGUUGACUCUCAUUCUUCCUGUUGCUAUAACUUUUGUGGAACGAGCUUUCUCAUCCAUGAACUACAUCAAAAGUGAACUUUGUAACAACAUCAGUGAUGAAUUUUUAAAUAGUUGUUUAGUAUGCUAUGUAGAGCGUAAGAUAUUUUCAAGUGUCAGCAAUGAUGCUAUUAUUCAUCGUUUUCAACAUAUGAAAAGUCGUCGAGCACAAUUACGAGAUAUGACUAGAAGUCCUUUUUUUGUAAUGAUAACAUUAUUAUCGUGA